UCUUCUUAUGUGAUGCCAUGUGAUUUUGGGUGGCAUCUCUCGAACGAAGUGUCUCGUAUCAUAAAUUACCCUUUUGGAUUUGCUAAUUUCCCACUCUUUUCUGCAUCAUUUUUCGUUUCCCCCUCUUUUUAUUAAAAAUCCACACCUACAUUCUCACAAUAUAAAAAUCCAAUCUUCACAUUCAAUCAAUCUUGCACACACAGUAAAUUGUCAAGAAAACCCCUGAUUUAGUCCUUCUGUAGCCAUGAAUGCAGGUUUGACUUUGUGGGUAUGAAGUGAAAAGAGUUCAAUCAUGCUAAUCAUUCAAGAUUUUGAUUUUCAGUAAAAGGGUAUGUGUAAUUUUGUUCUUUUGUGUACUGUGAUUAUGUAACUAAACAGUCAUUCUAUGGAGACAAGAUUGUCUAUCCUGUUGUUGGGUUUGUUUCUACUGAAUUUUUUUGUGCACACCAAGUGUUUGACAAAAGUCCUGUGAGAGUCAUCAUUGUAUAUUUUGUGAAACUACCAGCUAAAGGUUUGUUCAUUUAGUUAUUGUGAUGCGAGUGAGACCAAAAUGAGAGCUUCAAGUAGUGUAGGCCUUGGUUUGAGUCUUGUUUUCGGGUGUCUUUUGCUAGCACUUGUGGCUGAGCUUUACUACUUAUUAUGGUGGAAGAAAACAGUUAGUAACAGAGAAAUGAUCCAACAAAGUUACAGUAGUCCAGCAAGAGAGUUCCUCUACAUGUUCUGUUGGAAAAAGCCCUCAUCUUUGACCUCAACAGGUCUAACAACAGACACACAAGUUCAUGAACCACAAAUAGCAACUCAUGUUGUUAACCAUCAUCCAAAUGUUGACAUAUGGUUCAGACCAUUUGGUCAAGAACAAGAAGUUAAUGACACUGUUGUUGAUUCAGAGGAACUGAGGCUGCAAAACCAAUGUGUCCCACCAAGGUUUUUAUUCACCAUUAAAGAAGAAACAAAAGAGGAUCUUGAAUCAGAAGAUGUGAGUAAAAUAGGGUCAAGAAGAAUGAGUGAUGUGAUUUCAUUGGAUACUCCAUUUUUUACUCCACUUGCUUCACCACCAUACUUCACUCCACCUAUAACUCCUGGAGAUUAUUCGUACAGAACUUUCAGCCCGUUGUUUCAGUCGUCAACCGAUUCGGAGUUUAAUAGAUUACGCGCUUCACCGCCUCCUAAGUUCAAGUUCUUGAGGGAUGCUGAGGAUAAACUUCAAAGAAAAAUGAUGAAAACAUUUGAAGAUGAUGAUGAUGUCAUCAAGGAUGAAGAAAAUGAUUCUUUUAUCACAUUAACUGUCUCCAAAGGGAGAGAUGGUUAACAUUUCAUAAUCUUUUCUAUUCAAGCUCUCAACAGCUGAAUGUAUACGUGUGUGGAAAGUGCAUACGUUAGUGGCGCAUUGCGCACAUAUGAUUCUUAGCCAUGGGAUUUGCUACGCGGAAGAAAGUAGACACAUGUGAUUAACCUGUUAUAUGACUAUAGAUAUAGAUGUAUAAUACAACCGGAGCUUCUAUCUUAAAUUUCUCGGUUUAAGCUGUUAUCUAAUUAUGUUGAAAUCAAGCUUUUGUACAAAUGUAUGAUACUUUGUAUUCGAACAAGAUAUUUGUGAUAUAUGUAUAUAUUUUUAUUAUA